GCAGGAAGCUUGAAACCAGAACUCAGCCAUGGGUACGAAAGCCUCUGUGUUGCUCAGCCUCCUCCUCCUUGUCGCAGUCGCUGCUUCAUUGGCUGCGGCCGACGGCAGCGUCCCCAAGUAUUUCAACCGCACCCACUUCCCCAAAGAUUUCUUGUUCGGAGCUUCUGCAUCUGCUUAUCAAUACGAAGGCGCGCCGAACAAGAGGGGUGAAACCAUCUGGGACGCUUUCGUUCGCGAUUUCAAGAGUAAGAUCUCUGAUGGAAGCAAUGCCGACGUCGCUAAUGGCUUCUAUUAUCUUCACAAGGAGGACGUUCAAUUAAUGAAGAGUAUGGGAUUGAAUUCUUUCCGGUUCUCCAUCUCUUGGGCCAGAAUAUUUGCUAAUGGAAAAUUAAGUGGAGGAGUGAACCAGGUUGGAGUCGACUUCUAUAACAGCCUCAUCAAUGAGCUCCUAGCAAAUGGUAUAACACCUUUUGCGACCCUCCAUCACUUUGAUACUCCUCAAGCACUCGAAAAAGAGUACGGGAGCUUUCUGAGUGAAAAAAUUGUCCAUGAUUUUGGAGACUAUGCGGAGUUUUGUUACAAAACAUUUGGUGAUAGAGUCAAGCAUUGGAUCACCUUCAAUGAGCCAAAUGUUUUUAUUGCACAAGGCUACGACUUGGGCACUAUGGCACCUGGAAGAUGCUCCAAAUGGAUGAACUGCCCCGCUGGAGAUUCUGCAACCGAACCUUACAUAGUUGGCCACAAUUUGCUUCUGGCACAUGCAGAAGCUGUAAAACGAUUCAAAACAAAAUUCCAGGCAUCUCAAAAGGGAGAAAUAGGAUUAACUUUAGUUGUGGGUGGAAUGUAUCCUGUGUCCAACAAUGAUUUACUGGCAUCUAAACGAGUUCAAGAUUUUUUCACUGGAUGGUUUCUUCACCCAAUAGUUUAUGGUGAUUAUCCACGAAGAAUGAAACUCCUUGUACGAAAUCGGUUGCCAGGAUUCACUGCUGCACAAUCUGAGAUGCUAAAGGGGUCCUAUGAUUUCGUCGGAGUAAACUACUACAGCUCAUACUAUAUCACCAAUGUUCCAUUUAGUAACAAGCCAGCUCACCUCAGCUACUCAUCUGAUUAUUAUGCCAGUCUUGGAACUACGAAAGAUGGAACAUCCAUUGGGCCCUUGUUGGGAACCUUGUAUUCCGUUCCACGAGGAUUCAGAGAUGUAUUGCACUAUAUUAAAAAUUUCUACAAAGAUCCAGUAAUCUACAUCACAGAGAAUGGGACGGGUCAGUACAACAAUCAAACGACUGAAGAAGGUGUAAAGGAUCCAUACAGGGUAGAAUACUACCAUACCCAUCUUCAAGCCCUUGAACAAGCCAUAAAGGAGGGUUCUAGGGUUAAGGGUUACCUGGCAUGGUCGCUACUUGACAAUUUCGAGUGGAGUUCUGGUUACACUAUCAGAUACGGCAUCAACUAUGUGGAUUACAAGAACUUGAAAAGAUAUCCUAAAUAUUCAGCUGAAUGGUACAAGAAAUUCCUCCUUAAAUAAACUAAUUAAGGAGGAGCUCCAAUCAAAGGUAAUUAAGAAGUGCCUAGUUUGACAAUGGUGUGCCCACUGCAUGCAGUCUACGACCUUUCCAAUAAGGUGAAGAUUACCCCUUAUAGGAAUCUUCAUUUUAAUAUCGGGUUGUAAUAAUAAAAUGUACAAUGCGUACGUACGUCUUCGUCUUGCUUGAGCUUGCAAUGGUGUUAUGAUAUGUAUUUUCUUUUUCUAAGCCAAUGCAAAUUAAUUAUCAGAAAUUAA